UCUAAGAAACCUAACCCCUCUCAGCCGCACCAAGGGUCUCUCCUCUCACUGUUGCUCGAGCUCAGGCGGCCGGCGGCCGGCGGCCGGGACGGAGGACAGAGGGAAGUACUUCUCCUUCUUCCUUAUUUCUCAUACCGAAAUACUUGAUUGAAGACUGGAGAACUAGAAUCUGAUUGUUUCUUUUUCCGGCCAAUGUCUUUGGGAAGGCAAAUCCACAAAGAUCCGCUGAAGGGGAAACAAGAAGAAGUGAAAAUCAGUUGGCUUUGGCUGUUGCUUCGACUUCAAUUCCAUCUGAGAAUGCACCACCUCAGCCUCGACCCCAACUGCAAAGUGAAACACAAGGAAAAUGACAGUAAGAAAAUGGCCUAUGAUGCUGAGCUUCUUCCACAUGAUCCUGUCAAAAGGAUAUCUACCACGAUGCAUUCUAUGAAUUAUCAAGGAGCUCUUCACAGAAGGUCCAUGCUCAAAGGGCCAUGUCAACCCUAUCACCAUUAUUUUCUGCCUCGUUGUUCCUCCUAGACACCCCUCUUUUAAUCCGUCUCUAGAGAAGAAAAGGGGAUGAUCACGUAGUCAAAUAUAUUACUGCUGCAGAGAUAGUAUUGGCCGCUGUACCUGACAAGUCCCAUUGACCAUGUCUCUUCCAAGUAUUUGUCAACUGCUCCCAGCCUCGUCCGUGGUGAAAAGCGAAGUACGCGGAUCAUAUGAACUGGUAUCUUCCUCUUCUCUGAGAAGGUUGCAGGAAGCUACAGGAACCAUUUAGCCAUGACAAAGCCCAAUACCAGCAGCCUGUCGAACUUCUUCUGCAUAGCUUGUGCAGCUGUUGUCAUCCUAGGCAGAACCUGCAGUUGCUUGCAGUUCACUUACCCCAACUUCAACGCAAGCAACAGGGACGAUUUCAGCUUCAGCCCUGACUCAGCAAUCUCCAACAACUCCCUGCAGAUCACGCCGAACGCCGGCAACAUGAGCCACCGGUCAGGAAGAGUGGUCUACACAAGGGAAACCCUCAAGCUGUGGAACAGCAAGCGCACGGAGCUCACGUCGUUCAGGACAGAGUUCGUGCUCAACAUCCUCCCACAGAAUGGGACUGGAGAAGGUAUGACCUUCAUCCUCACAAAUAAUCCAUCUUUGCCCAGCAACAGCAGCGGCCAGUGGCUGGGUGUGUGCAACAACCAGACAGACGGCGUGAAGACAAACCGAUUAGUAGCCGUGGAAUUUGACACGAGGAAGAGCUACAAGGAUGACCUUGACGGCAACCAUGUCGGACUCGACUUAAAUAGCAUCAAAUCUGUUCAGCAACACCCACUCAGUAAUCAGUCCAUCGCCCUCUCAAGUGGGUCUGAUGUAUUGGUCGGGAUCAAAUACGAUGGUGCAUCACUGCUGUUUCAAGUAACUCUCGUCCAAUACAGCACAAGUGGGCAGCAUGUUGCCCUAUUAAGUCGGUACAUUAACCUGUCACUAGUUCUACUGGACGACAUAUAUCUGGUGUUUGCAGGUUCCACAGGCAACUUCACCCAGCUGAACCAGAUAAAGUCCUGGAACUUCACCACAAUAGACGACGAUGCCACAGUUAGAAGAGGGCAUUACUGGAGAAGAAAGGUGCUUUUGGCUCUCGUUGCAUUGCUUGUGUUCUCUAUAUGUUUGUUUGCUGGGCUGUUCAUGUGGAGAAGGCUGACGUGGCGGAGAAGGCUCGCCUACCGCAACCUGGAGAAGAUGAUCGACGCACAUGGUCCAGUCAAAUUUAAGCUCAGGGAACUCAGGCGUGCGACUGCCAACUUCAGUCCUACCCGCAAGCUGGGCCGAGGAGGCUUUGGCACCGUUUACCUUGGAUACGUCGAUAGGAUGAACUUGGAGGUGGCAGUCAAGCGGGUGUCGACGGACAAGCAGGCCGACCGGGGAGAGAAGGAGUUCGUGGCGGAGGUGAACACGAUCAGCAAGCUGUCGCACCGGAACCUCGUGAAGCUGAUCGGCUGGUGCCACAAGAAGGGCGAGCUUCUGCUUGUCUACGAGUACUUCCCCAUGGGAAGCCUUGACAAGCUCCUUUACGCCAGGGAAAGGACCGCGUCGUCGUCCAUGUCGGCGUCGACGGACACACCGGAGCUCACAUGGGAGCGGCGGUACAAGAUCAUCUGCGGCGUGGCAUCGGCGCUGGACUACCUGCACCACGGGAGCAGCAAGCGGAUCCUCCACAGGGACGUCAAGGCCAGCAACGUGAUGCUCGACACCGAGUACAACGCGCGGCUGGGGGACUUCGGCCUCGCCCGCGUCAUCCAGCACGACGGUGUCACGCACCACUCCACGCAGGUCGUGGCGGGGACCCGCGGCUACAUGGCGUACGAGAGCUUCUUCACAGGCCGUGCCAGCCUCGACACGGACGUGUACGCAUUCGGGGUCUUCGUCAUGGAGGUGAUCAGCGGGAGGAGCCCCAGCAACGCCGUGCAGCACCCAUACAUCCACGACAGCGACCACCGUGGUGAGGAGGAUUACUCGAGCGGCGGGGGAGCGCGACACCCCUUGCCGAUGCACAUUGUGGAUUGGAUAUGGAGGCUCUACGGCGAGGGAAAGGCCUUGCAUGCCGCCGACCCAUUGCUCGGCGGUGAGUUUGAGCAGGCGCAGGUGGACUGUGCGGUGAGGCUGGCGUUGGCGUGCUGCCAUCCGAACCCAAGGGAGAGGCCGUCCAUGAGGACGGCGGUGCAGGUGUUGAUCGAUGGUGCCCCGACGCCGGAGCCGCCGUUUAAUAAGCCUGCGUUUGUUUGGCCUCCGGGCGGCAAUCAGCGGGAGAUGGAGCUUCCGGAGGUCGGGUUGCUGUUCACGGGAGGGGCUAGGCAGCACAGCAGUUUCUGCUCCUUGAACUCCACUUCCCUCACGGGGAGGUGAGCUUCGUGGAGAGUUGUACGCUUGCCUUGUACUGCCGAGUGUUGACUACGGUUUGCUUGUGAAAUUGUACAUUAUAUGUUCGUCGCUUCUCUCCUCUGGACGAGUUUGUUAUUCGAAACGAACUGGGAACAAAGUUUGUAAUCUACCCUAAUGACAGAUAGUUGGUUAUACAUGGCAUU